CUAACCUGCAAUUUGUUCCAUGUAUAAAUUUAAGAAUGUUGAUAGAAUAACUCAUGAUUCAAUAACUGUAUCAAUGCAUUUGCAUUCUAGAACUAUUUUUAUUUUAUAAUGACAUUAGUAGAGUUUUUUUCGAUCACGUAAUUUUUUUUUUUUGUUUUUACUCAUGUAUUCUUAAUUUAUUGUAAAUCCGGAUAAGUUAUUGUUUGACUUCAACGCACCUAUUAAUUCUCUUAUUUAUGUUCUAACCACAUACAUACUGUCGUAAUACAUAUGUAUAGAUAUAUAUGUAUAUAGUUGAUUGUUCUUGUAGUGGCACAUGGUGUUUGUACAUACACAUGAGUGAAGUUUGUAUGCUGAACAACGAAAUUUUUCGAUGAAAUAGACUGGACAAGUGUAAAUAGUAUUAAGAAAAAAAGUAUUUCCAGUGAAUUUUAGUUAAUUAACAUCAUAGUAAAAUGCAAUGAAAGAAAAAGGCUAUAAAUGACCUUCUGAAUAAAUAUAUAACAUGAUGAGAAAAAAUACUUUUGUUUUUUAAUGAGUAAUUGCCACAAGUUUACUUAGCUUGCAAUAAUGGAGAGAAAUAUGUUUGAAAAUAAAUCUACGAUUGAACGAGAAUUGUAUUUCCUGAUUGCGAAAUUUCUUGAAAAUAGCCCUUGUAUUGAAACGGCAAAAAUUCUCAGAUGCGAAUUAGAAACAUAUAAGAUUUUACCGCAACGACUUGAUUGGAAAGGAGCAUCUCAUGAUCAAAAUUUUGAAGAAUGGAAAAAGAGUUAUCCGCACAUCAAUUCGAAUUAUUUGUUACAAAUAUGUGCAAGAAUUCACUCAAUGCUCGAACGAGAAGUACCUUCUUGUGUUCCGGUUGCUGUAUCUCUACUUGGAGCUGGAGGGCAAUCACUUUUACGAACGAAGGAAGAUAUUUUAAAAGAACGUCAUAGCGUUGUGACAUACUCCGGCAGAUCAGGAAGAAAGCCUUCUUUUGGACAAACUGGGAAUUCAGUAUCCGACAAUGUUGUUCGGGUUCUCCAAGGCCGAGAAAAUACUGGAUCAUUGAACCGACGAGAGGUCAUUCCACCUAAAUUUUAUUCUAAACUACAACUGUACCGCCAUACUUUAGGUCAUCUUUCAGCUGUUUACUGUGUUCUGUAUGACCGAACAGGCAAAUACAUCAUAACUGGGGCCGAUGAUUUACUUGUCAAAGUAUGGAGUGCAAUCGAUGGUCGCUUGUUUGCUACAUUCCGAGGAGCUUCAUCAGAAAUAAUGGACAUAGCUGUGAAUUUUGACAACACCCUUUUAGCGGCUGGAAGUUUAGAUAGAAUUUUACGAAUUUGGUGUUUCCAAACAAUGUCACCAAUAGCAGUUUUAUGCGGACAUUCAGGCAUGAUUACUUCUGUUAAUUUUUGUCCUAUUGUCUGCAAUGGCAUCAAUUACUUGGUAUCAACAAGUACAGACGGAUCAGUUGCAUUUUGGUCUUACACUCAAAAAUUCAAUGAAAGAGCAGUAUUUCAACCAAAACCAAUACAAUAUCAUGAAAAAAUGAGACCCGGACAAGCGCAAAUGAUUUGUGCAUCAUUUAGCCCAGGUGGAACAUUCAUGGCAGCUGGCUCUGCAGACCACCAUGUGCGUGUUUAUGCUAUGUUAGGAGAUGAAGGUCCUCGACGAGUUCUCGAGGUUGAAGCACACACAGACACAGUUGAUAGCAUUCAGUGGGCCCAUAUGGGAUUGAAGUUUAUUUCUGGUUCAAAAGAUGGAACUGCUAAUGUUUGGAAUUUCGAACAACAACAGUGGAUGCAUAAGCGCCUUUUAAUGAACACAAAAUUAUCUGGAGAUCUUAAGGUCGAUGAAGACACGAUUAAAAAAGCAAAAGUAACAAUGGUAAGCUGGGACGUAAGCGAUCAGUGGGUAAUCACAGCAGUAAAUGACAGCUCAUUGAAGGUGUGGAACGCUAAAAGUGGAGAAUUAGUCAAGAUCCUAAGAGGUCACAAGGAUGAAGUCUUUGUUUUAGAAGCUCAUCCUAUAGAUCCUCGAGUUAUAUUAAGUGCUGGACACGAUGGACAGUUAAUCGUUUGGGAUGUACUUAAUUCUGAACCGAUAGCCUGUUUUCAAAACUUUAUUGAAGGCCAAGGUAAUGGAGCUGUGUUUGAUGCAAAAUGGUCGCCGGAUGGUACUAUGCUUGCUGCAACGGAUUCUCAUGGUCACUUAUUGAUGUAUGGAUUUGGAUCCGGAGUUCAGAAGCUAAAAACUAUCCCCAAGGAGUUAUUUUUUCACACAGACUAUCGACCACUCAUUCGGGACAGCAAUAAUUAUGUAUUAGAUGAACAAACCCAAACUGCACCACAUUUGAUGCCACCACCGUUCCUGGUUGACGUGGAUGGAAACCCGUAUCCACCGGCACUGCAGCGAUUAGUCCCUGGUAGAGAGAACUGUCGGGGAGAACAAUUGGUUCCUAAUAUAGCAGUAGGUGUAGGAGGAAUGCAAGAAGUUAUUGAAGGGUUACCCAAUCCAGAACCACGUUCAAAUAUUGAUCGACUUAUUGAAGCUCUCGCACAAAGACAGAAUUUAAAUAGUGGGGACAAUGAAGAGAUUGGAGAUAUGGAAGAAAAUUUUAAUGAAUCUCAAAUUCGGCAAAUUUCCAGCCCACGAAGUAACCGUUCAGGAUUACGAAGAGUUGGAGAUGUUGAAGGAGUUAGACAAAGUAGUGGAAAUUGGCAGAGAGAUAAUACUACGCCUUGGAAUAAGCCGAUUUUGGUACCACCUAUUCACAAUGCAAUACGAAAAACGCAACUAGAACAAUUGUAUUCAAUGGCUGAUAUGGAGACAGAUACUUGGAAGAGAGAAAUGAAAAAAAGACCAUUACCUCCUGUAAAACUUGCUGAAACUUCGAAUCAUGCAGUUGAUUAUUUAACAAGUCGGAAACGCAAUAAUGGUGUAAGACACGGUUAUCGAACUCGAGCUGCAAGAGAUGAACAACGAAAUGAAGACGAACUUAAUAAUCUAGAAAACGGAGAACUAUCAGGAAGUUCGGUAAGUAGUAAUAGCAAUGAUUCUUCAGCUCAUGAAGAAGAUUUGUGUUCUGAUACUACUACAUCAGAUACGAGUAGUGAAUAUUCCGAUUGGAUUGCUGAUCAUGGAUUAAAUUUGGAACCUCCGACGCGAAGUAAAAGAAAACCUAUAAGUAAAAGAACGGUCACACCAUCUAAUGACUUGAAUAAGCCUAAAAAUCAACGUGUAAAAAAAAAGAUAAUCUCAGUACCGAAUGGAGUUGCGGAAGUACCCGAUGUUUUUCGCCCUUCAGAAUGGCUUACUGAAGUAAUUCCUCGCAAAGCACCAUACUAUCCACAAAUAGGUGAUGAGAUUGUUUACUUCCGUCAAGGCCAUAGUUUAUAUCUUGAUGCUGUAAAAAACAAGAAAGUCUAUAGUCUAAGUGCUCGAUGUGAACCCUGGUCUAAAAUGACUAUUAAAGCUCAUGAAUUUGUAAAAGUCGUGGGAAUCAAAUAUGAAAUUCGUCCGCCUCGGCUGUGUUGCUUAAAACUAGCGUUGAUGGAUGAAGAAGGCCGCUUAACUGAGAAUAAUUUUACGAUUAAAUAUCACGAUAUGGCAGAUGUAUUAGAUUUUUUAGUGCUACGACAAAGUUUUGAAACUGCAUUAAGCCGAAAUUGGUCAGAAGGUGAUCGCUUUAGAUGUAUGAUUGAUGAUGGAUGGUGGAUGGGACAAAUUGAAUCUAUGGAACCAGUUGAUGAAGAAUUUCCCGAAUCAUAUUUUAUGUGUUUUCGUGUAAGAUGGGAUAAUGGAGAAUAUGAAAAAAUGAGCCCUUGGGAUUUGGAACCUAUCGAUGAGGAGAGGCUUCCUGCGGAAGUUGGUGGCGCCGUUCCUGUUUUGCCUGAAGAAAUUCAAAGUACGUUAUAUCAGCCUCAACCUGAAGAAUGGCCUAUGGGGGAUAGAGAAGCAACUUGUCGUCGAAUAGUUCGUGGUGUCGAUCAAGUUAUGUCGCUUGCUAUAGCCGAACCAUUCAUUACUCCAGUUGAUCUUAAUAUAUAUCCUGCUUAUGCAUUUGUAGUCGAAUAUCCCAUCGACUUAUCAACUAUAAAAACACGUUUAGAGAAUCAUUUUUAUCGUAGAAUAAUAUCAGCACAAUUCGAUGUUAGAUACUUGGCUACUAAUGCUGAAAAAUUCAACAAACCCCAUAGUCAAAUUGUAAAAGCCGCAAGAAUCGUAACAGAUUUAUGUCUACGUAUAAUUAAAGAAACUACAGAGAUAGAUGUGCCAGCAGUUUAUCAUCAAUUAGUUGAUACAUAUCAAUCUUCAGAUUCAGAAGCUGAAGUAGUUAAUCAUAAAGUAAUGCCUUCUACUAGUCGACAAAAGUCGGUAUGUAAUAGAAUCUUACGCUCUCAUCAUGGAAAUUCAAUAGAUUGGAAAUUAGCGUGUCGGCAGUUACUGGAAAGUUUAUGGCAAUGUGAAGAUUCUAUUCCUUUUAGAGAACCGGUGGAUCGGUUAGAACAUCCUGAUUACUACCAAUUGAUAGAUACACCGAUGGACCUUCGUACGGUGAAAGAAGAUUUACUCGGUGGAAAUUAUGAAACCCCUCUAGAGUUUGCCAAAGAUAUGAAAUUGAUAUUUACGAAUAGUAAAAAUUAUAAUACUAAUAAACGAUCAAAAAUUUAUUCGAUGACCAUAAGAUUGUCAGCUAUGUUUGAAGAACACAUGCGAAGAAUUCUAUAUACCUGGAAAUCAAGCAGACGACGAACUCAAAACUGCCAGAUUAAAAAACGCAAAUGUACGGCAAAAGGUUCGAAAUCCAACCUGGCGAAUGGCGCUGGUCCGUCUACGAAAAGGAAUGAGACUACAAGUGAUGAUGAUGAAGAUGAUGACGAUCAUGACAACGCUGAUAAUAAUAAUGAUGACGAUGAUGACGAUGAUGAUGAUAAUGAUGAUGGUAAUGAUGAUGAUGAUGAUGAAGAUGAUGAUGGCAAUGAUGAAAAUGAUGAACGAAAAGUAAAUUCUUUGAGCAAUCACGAUGAAAACGAAGAAAACCUUCAUAACAACAAACGACCAUUCUAUAGUUAUGAAUCAGGUCCAUCUAGAGUGACGAACUGUAACAAUAAACGUUCCAUUAAUUCAAGACCAAUCAGACUUAAGAACACUUCAAUAAAAAAAGACUCUGAAAGUGAAAAUAAUUCCAGUGAUUCAGAAACAACGGCUAAUAGUGACAGUAAUGAUGAUCAGCCUUUUCGGCAGACGAGAAAGCAAAUAAAUUUAAGCAAUAAUAGCGAUUCGAAUGAGAGUUUCAAAUCUGUAGAUCGUAGCAAACCGUUGAAAAAAAAAGUAUUACGAAAGUGUAAAAAAGUUAUUCGUACAAAUAGGUCAACAUUGCAAAAUUAUACUGAGAGUAAUUAUGAAGAGGACGAAGAAAAUCGAGUGUUUAUGAAGGGAGAAAUGUUGACAGGAAGUGAAAGUUCUCAAGAAGACAGUGAAAAUGAUAAAAUACAGAAACGUACAAUUCCACGAGAAGCGAAGACAGCACAAGACGAAAUAUCUCAUUCUAGUGGGUUAUCUCAAAAAGAUGGAAGCGAAGAAACAUCGUCAGACAGUGAUAGUGGAGAAUCCUCGCAUCAAAAUGUUUUAAAUAAUAGAGAUUCUGACAGUUUAGACUCAAUACCAAGAAAUAAACCGAUAAAAUCACAGAGAAGAAAAAGAAGAAGAAGAAGAAGAAGAAGAGUUACUAAUGAUUCUGAUAACGAAGACUUAGAAAUUUCUAGAAGAGGAAUGAAACGGAUACGUUACUGUGAAGAGAGUGAUGAAACUGAUUCGAUCCCUUCAAGAAACAGACGACAAGUCAAAAAGCGUUAUUACGCUGAAGAAAGUGACGAAAGUUUACCUGAGUUACCUGAGCCUGGAAUCAGUAUAAGUAGCAGAGGACGUGUACGAAAAAUGACAGCAAGAGCACGUGCUUUUUUAUUAGAGUCACCAUAAUGGCCUUCUUAUAUUGUCAAUCUUGUCUAUUGAUAUUUAAAAAUUCAGGCCAAAUUUUAUAUACAUUUGCGACUAUCAAUAAAUUACAUUUUCCAACUUGUUUUUCAGAUCUUAAUCAUAAAUGUGUUGAAAACUUAUAUUUUCCAUAUUUUCUUGGUUUAGAAAAUAUAUAUAUUUUUUUUAUUGUUUCAUGUCAAAAUUAAACCGCUAAAAUUUGAAGAAUUGAAAAGUAAGUAAUUUAUGUAAUGUUUAGUAAUUAUCUUAGCUACCCGAUUUAAUACAAAUCCGAAAUUUUAUGUAAAUUUUCUCAGAAUACA